AUGCCGGCCGAUAUUUCCUGCCUUGAAACUUUAGCAUUAAAUAUCCUUAGAAAUAGCUGUCCAGAAAAGAUUGCAGAAAAUGCUGAUUUUUCGGAACUAGAUCCUGCUCAAAAUGAAAUAGAAUCAGGAAUUGAUACCACAGCCAAAAGUCAGGUGGGAAGCGCUGAGUCGUUAACUCAAAAUACCAAUGAUCAAAUGGAUAUUUCGUCAUCUUUAUUUAACGAUUAUCAAAUAUACCCAAGUGGCACAUUAUUAUUCGAGACCACAACCAAGGGCAUACUAUUAUUCGGGAACAUGACCAAGAAAAUUGAUCAUGCCGAAUCUAGGAAUGAAGUUACGAAUCGAGAGGUUAUCAAUAGCUAUUUUUAUUUUGGAGGGGUUAUAUAUAAACGAUAUAAAGAGUAUAAAAAAAGUAAUGGUAAGCAAGCAUCCGAUGCUCUAGUUUUUGAUAACGUUAGAAAACAAAUUCCAGAAGGGUGUCCAAUGUCACUUUGCGGAAGAAAAUGGAAAGAGCCCGAAAAAUCUAUAAACUCUUUAUAG